CUGGCGGCCGCGGCGCGCGGGCAUCGCUGCGCUCGGCGCUCGAUUCCCCUCGGCGCGGCGGCGGCGGAGGCGGCGGCUCGGGCCGGACUCGCGGCCCCGCCAUUUCGGAGCGGGCGGCGGCGGGGCCAGAGGCGCGGCGGCUCCGGAGCGGGGCCCAGGCCUGCCGAAGAUGACCGAGUACAAGCUGGUGGUGGUCGGAGCUGGUGGCGUGGGCAAGAGCGCCCUGACGAUUCAGCUGAUCCAGAACCACUUUGUGGACGAGUACGACCCCACCAUCGAGGACUCCUACAGGAAACAGGUAGUCAUCGAUGGAGAGACCUGUCUCCUGGACAUUCUCGACACGGCGGGUCAAGAGGAGUACAGUGCAAUGAGGGACCAGUACAUGCGGACUGGGGAGGGCUUUCUCUGUGUGUUUGCCAUAAAUAAUACUAAGUCCUUUGAAGAUAUUCACCAUUAUAGAGAACAAAUAAAAAGAGUCAAAGACUCAGAAGAUGUCCCCAUGGUCCUAGUAGGAAAUAAAUGUGAUUUGCCUUCUAGAACAGUAGAUACGAAACAGGCGCAGGAUUUAGCAAGAAGUUACGGUAUCCCUUUCAUUGAGACAUCGGCCAAGACAAGACAGGGUGUUGAUGAUGCCUUCUAUACAUUAGUUCGAGAAAUUCGAAAACAUAAAGAAAAGAUGAGCAAAGAUGGUAAAAAGAAGAAAAAGAAGUCAAAGACAAAGUGUAUAAUUAUGUAAAUACAAUUUGUACUUUUUUCUUAAGGCAUACUUAAGUAAAAGUGGUAAUUUUUGUACAUUACACUAAAUUAUUAGCAUUUGUUUAGCAUUACCUAAUUUUCUUUCUGCUCCAUCCAAACUGUUAGCUUUUAUCUUGAAUGCUUAUUUUAAAAUGACAGUGGAAACUUUUUCCUCUAAGUGCCAGUAUUCCCUGAGUUUUGGUUUUUGAACUAGCAAUGCCUGUGAAGAGGAAACUGAAUACCUGAGAUUUUUGUCUUGGGGUUUUUGGUGCAUGCAGUUGAUUACUUCCUAUUAUUCUUACCAAUUGUGAACUUUGGUGUGAAAGAAAUUAAUGAAGCUUUCAAUCAUCCCUACUCUGUCUUUUAUGUAGUCCCUUAAAUGGAUGGGUAACCAACUACCAUUUCAGUUGCGAUUUCCUGAUACACCAGGGAACAUGAAUUUCUAGGCUCCCUGUCGACCCGCUUGGAGGCUUCAUUCCUGUGAUUUCACUCACCCUAAUGGUUGUCAAGUUACGUUGUUCGCAAAGGUUUGCUCCCUCUUUCCACUGCUACUUGUCAUGGCCAUGCUCCUAAAAUAUAUUUUUUCUAUAAAAAGGGUGAAAAAAAUGGAAAAAAAUACAAGGCAGUGGAAAUGCUGAGGGCCGUUUCCUUUCCACGCCGCCUUGGCCUGUUAGGGUAGACCCCGCGUGAAAGAGGCUCACGGCAGCCACUGGGGGCUGCAUUUGCCUGCUACGAAAUUCCUGUAAUCAUUGAGAAAACACGGAUAGAAAGAAUCUCAUAGUGAUUGCGUAGAGAUAGAGUCUCCCUGUGUCAGGUUACUCUGUUGGAGCCCAACUUUGAGAUCUUGAACUUGUCUCUGGAAAUGGUCUGGAUGCUGACGGUGUUGUGGGAAGAUGGUUUGGGCCAGUCAGCUUCGUAAGGAUAGGGCCGCGUCAUGGCGGGCCGGGCUCCUGGGACCAUCAGAGCGUGCCUGGGCCCUUGUCUCCCCACGUGGUCUUGAGUCGGUGAGUCAGAAAUGGGGAGGGGGGGCGGCCUGGGCCUCCAGUGAGACACUCUCACCAGCUGUCCUGCGAACAGAUGAGGACGGAGGAAUACCUCUUUUGCUUCAGGCAAGCCACCUUCAAAAUAAUUUUUUAAAUGGAUUAUCAGGUGGUGGGUGCCAAGAUUUAAAGAAUACUUUGGACAACGAAGCAAGAACACUUCCAAGUUUCUAGUGUUGGCUAUUUCCUUAACACUGGCUUAAGUCACAGUUCAUAAAUACUUUAUAAGUCUGAACCAUUUUUAAGAUUAAUGCUUAAGAAAUAGAUAAUAAAGGUUCCUUCAAUGUGACUGAACAUUACUGACUCUGAAAUCUGUGGCAUGAGAUGGUCCGUUGCGGGGCCACAUGACCGGGUUGGAAGGAAAGUGGCCUGGGUUCCAGUCCUGCGUCUCCCAGCUGCGGUUCCGGACAGAUCCUUCCUAUCCAUUGCCUUGUGGCCCGGGAAGUCAUCUCAAAGGCUGAGUAGCUUUACACUCUGAUUUGCAUUCAGUUUACAUAGAUACACCUAUUCCUCAAUCUCGGCACAAUCUCUAACGUUUUACCUGUCUUCUCACCUGCAGUGCAAAUACUGAGCAAAAUUGUAGUUUGAUUAAAUGUCCGUUCCCCGUGUCGCCCAGCCUGUCUGCCCGCUCUGCCCGUGUCUUGUUGCUUUUUCUCUGAAUACUUCCCUAACCUCAAGAUUCAUUGCUGCUUCGGGUGUCUCCGCGGAGGCUUCCCGUCAGGCUGCAUCAGCGUGCCCCACGCCCUCCUCAGGCGCAAGCGAAUCAGCACCCCCCGUGGGCCUGGCCCGAGCAGCUCCUGUACAGGGGGUGGCUGGAGCAAUAGCAUCUUCAUCCUUUGAACGUCAUCUCUUUGCUGGAUCGUCCCUUUGUGACUAGGACUUUUCGAACCUGCUCUGAGUAGACGGCACCCUGUCCAGCGGGAGGAGGACUGAGUAAAGGCAGCCGAGAGGGUUCCUUGUACGGUGUGGAGUGUGCAGUGAGGUUAGCCUUGGUAGAGUGAUACAUUCCACUGCUCAUUACCUUCUUACAGUGAAAAGGAGUUUGAAAUUUGAGCCUCAAGAUUUUUGGCAGAAUUCAUUUAUUCAGCCGAGAUCUGAGUGCCUGGUGGUUGCUGGCACUGCACUUGGCCGUGGGGGUAUUACGGUACCCCCAAACAGGGGGAUGUGGUUCCUUGAUUGGUUACAGAAUGUCUGAGUGUCUUGUUGAAAUGUCUGGCACAUGACCCAGAGAUACCACUAUGCAUAAUUUAGGCUUUCAGAGCAUGAAUUUGGUCUUUUUUUCUAGUUCUAAAGUAAUUGUCUUGCUGAUUCCAAUGUAAUUGUUUAAUCAAACUACUUUAUAUAAAUUACUUUAUUGUUUAAAAGGAAUAAACUUGAUUAUAUCGUUUUUCAUUUGGCAUAACUGUGAUUUUAUUGGGGCAAUUAUAAGUUGUAUUAAUAUUAAAAUUCCCAAGUGUGAAAUACUCUAGUUGGUCUCUUUUUCUAAGUAAUUAAACGAGACUUUUAAAAUUAAAUGUUGAAUUCUAAAAUAGUUUCAUCUGGGUAUGACUAAACAAGGUGCCUGAGCUAAUUCAUAGAAGGCUUGUUUCAUCUCAGUCUGAUUUCUGAAAUGAAAUAACUAAACCACCGCUUGAGGGAACGUUCUCGAGGGCAGGGUGUUAAGACUAUAGUUAAACAGUACCUCCUCUUGUUUCUACACGAGAGAAAGCUAUGCCACACUUCAGGAAUUGCAGUGCAUAGUUGGGGGCCGGGGGCUUAGGACUCUUGAAUUUUUGAUGUAGCUGGGUAACUUUUUUUUAAACAGUAGUAGUCCUUUAUUAUGUGAAUCCUGAAUGGUCUGACAAAAGGUUUGUUUAUACAGAGAUUUUUGAAUGAGAGAGAUAAUCCUAGAAGUAACAUGUUACCUAAUUAUUACAGCCUUAAAGAUAAAAAUCCUGUUGAAGUUUUAAAAAAAUAUUACUAAAUUCCAGUCUUCAACAUUAAUGUUUAUGGAAGAAUGGAGCAGGCAUGUGUCGUCUGAGUGAGUGUUCCCAGUUAGGAAUUCCGGACUCUGUUUUAACUGAGUCACACUGCACAGGAGUUGAGAACUGAACUUUUCUUGGCCAUCACACCUUGGCCACCUUUGCACAAUUUUGUUCUAAUACACAUAGGGCUGUUAUGAGGGAUGUUAAGUUGCAAUUUGCAUUAAGUUCAUCUCAUUGUAUUUCAUGGUGGUUUUUUUUUUCCUCCUAACCAUUUCCCGCGAAUAAUACCGGUUAUUUUAUUGUUGGCAACUGACACUGUCAUUUUCAUUUGUCAAAUGCAAUAAUUUAUUAUAUAGUGAAUUCUAAAAGAAUCCAUAAGUUACGUUAAAGCUAAAUUCCUGUUUAUUAGUAAGUUCCUUAAUACUGGGCAGCGUGAAAUCUGCAUUGAGAAACUGAGCAGCAUACAAUCGGUGGCUGUAAAUUCCUUCAGAAAAUGAAAAUUCUUUCUUAAAGGUCUGUUCAUCAGUCCUGAAGAAGUCAUAAGCUAGGUGAACAGUUUUUAGUUUCCCAUUUUCCAGUGCCAGUUUGGCAAAUUCAAAUGAAUCUAGAGAAAUUUAUUGCCUGCCCAAAUGUCACUUAAGGGGACGGUGCCCCUGUCAAGCUAAAUGGGUUAUGUAAUGUUUUAUCCAAAAGUUUCCAAUUCCACUGUCUUGUGUUUUCAUGUUGAAAAUACUUUUGCAUUUUUCCUUUGAGUGCCAAUUUCUUACUAGUACUCUUUCUUACUGUCACAUGUUUACCUGGAAUGUAUUUUAACUAUUUUUGUACAGUGUGAACUGAAACAUGCACAUUUUGUACAUUGUGCUUCUUUGUGGGACAUAUGCAGUGUGAUCCAGUUGUUUCCCAUCUUUGGUUGCGCUGACCUAGGAAUGUUGGUCACAUGAAACAUUAAAUUAAGAAAUGACCACUCUUUUAAUUCAAAUUAACUUUUAAAUGUUCAUAGGAGUAUGUGCUGUGAAGUGAUCUGAAAUCUGUAAUAUUUUUGUCAUGAACUGUACUGCUCCUAAUUACUGUAAUGUAAUAAAACAGUUCCGAUGAC